AUGGCAUUCACUCCAGGUGGACGUGGUGGAAGUAGAGGCGGUGGCCGUGGUGGUUUCGGUGGUGGCCGUGGUGGUUUCGGCGGUGGCCGUGGAGGUGCUCCAGGUGGUGGUAGAGGUGGUUUCGGCGGUGGUCGUGGUGGUGCCCGUGGUGGUGCUGCUGGCGGAAGAGGUGGCCGUGGUGGUGCCAGAGGUGGUCGUGGAGGCCCUAGAGGUGGCCGUGGUGGUGCCAGAGGUGGCCGUGGAGGCGCUGCUGGUGGUGCCAAGGUUGUCAUUGAACCUCACAAGCACGCUGGUGUCUUCAUUGCUCGUGGUAAGGAAGAUUUGCUUGUUACUAAGAACUUGACCCCCGGUGAGUCUGUAUACGGUGAGAAGAGAGUGUCCAUUGAUGUUCCUGGCCAAGGAGAGGAUGCUGUGGCUACUAAAGUAGAAUACAGAGUUUGGAAUCCUUUCAGAUCCAAGUUGGCUGCUGGUAUUUUGGGUGGUUUGGAUGAAUUGUUCGUUGGUCCUGGUAAGAAGGUUCUUUACUUGGGUGCUGCUUCUGGUACCUCUGUCAGUCACGUUGCUGAUGUCGUUGGCCCCGAGGGUGUUGUCUAUGCUGUCGAAUUCUCUCACCGUUCUGGUCGUGAUUUGAUCUCUAUGGCCAAGAAGCGUCCUAAUGUCAUUCCUAUUAUUGAGGAUGCCCGUCACCCUCAAAAGUACCGUAUGCUCGUUGGUAUGGUCGAUGUUGUUUUUGCCGAUGUUGCCCAGCCUGAUCAAGCCCGUAUUAUUGCCCUUAACUCGCAUCUCUUCCUUAAAGACCAAGGUGGUGUUGUCAUUUCCAUCAAGGCCAACUGUAUUGAUUCCACUGUCGAGGCCGAGACCGUCUUUGCCCGUGAAGUACAGAAGCUCCGUGAGGAGAGAGUUAAGCCAUUGGAGCAAUUGACUUUGGAGCCUUACGAGAGAGAUCACUGUAUCGUUGUUGGUAGAUAUGUCAGAUCUUCGUAA